AGCAGUGGUCCAGGACAGAGUAAUACAAACAGACCACAUGCUGCAAGCAACGUCUGAAGAGGAUAUGAAAAGGAAGGAUGCAAAAAUGCAAAAUUGCUUUUUGAACAGGAAAUAGCACAAGAAUGGAGACCUACAUCAUUUUCAAAAGAAUAAUCUAAUAAUCAACUCAUCCAGCAAAAAAAAUCCAGCAAUCGUUACCAGCAAAGAAAAGAUAAGAGAAAAAGGGGAGCAAAAUCCUCAGAGCAACAUAAUAACCAAACUGAGACGAAAAACAUUGAAGAACAAAGCAGCAAGUAAGAAGAAAGCAAGCUGGAAUAUUUCACAAACGCUCUGCUCAGCUCAGGAAGAAAGAUGUCCAAGUCUUCUUCCCAAGUUGAACGGCAUGGAUCAGCUGGUUGGAAGAGCCCUAGCUUGAGGAAGGAAGUGCAUGGCAAUCGUUCAUGCAUGUUAAAAAUUGGAGAGAGGCUGAUGAGGGCUGGUAGUGAAGGGAACCUGCUCGACAAACCCAUCAAAACACGCAGCCAAAUUUUCUCAGAUGGAUCACAGCAAGGAUCAAAAGGGCAUGCACAACUACCAGGCCUGCAGGACAAACCCAAAUGCACAGGAACUAACUUCAGCAAAGAUUUUGGAACCUUACCAUCAAAACUCUCUCACUCCACAAAUUUGACUGCCAGUAGCAGCAGCAUAGAACAUCUAACAAAGAAGAGGGAACGCACCAACAUCAAUCUUUCCACAGUUGAUCCAGUUCCAUCCUCUCCAAAUACUUUACCUAGAAAUUUUACACUUGUUGGUGCCACCUGCAAAGGUAAGCAGCAGAACAGUCACAUAAUACAAAAACUGGGUUUGGAAAAGAAAAAGGAUGUGUUCCCGGGACACCUGAAACAAAAAUAUCCUCACCAUGCUGCUGUCAUCAUUGGACAUGGAGAGAGUAUAAAGCAGAUAUCUAAGGAGGUGUUGUACGGAAGUCACAGUCCGAUCCACAGCAAGUAUUCAUCCGGCCGCAACACCCUGCACAGUUUGCAGGGAUCAAUGUCCCCGCCGAUGGUCCGCUCCAUGCCCUCCUCUCCUUCUAGACUGGCUUACGGUGGAGGUGGCUUCCUAGGAAAAAUAGGAAUGGUAGACCCAGGCAGUACCACAAUACCACAUGAACGUCAGCCGGGGCGAGGGCGGUCCAGCACCAUGUUCUCCAGCAGUAGUGCCAUACUGGAGAGAAGAGAUGUAAAGCCUGACGGAGACAUGAGUAAAAGCUCAGGCUUGGUGCUGCGUGGAGAAGGAGGAUCACAUUACCCUGAGUACUACCGUUCAGCCUCAGUGGAAGUAGGAAGAGGUCACCACAGCAUUUCCUCCUAUUGUAGCAGUCCUCCCAUGCUCACUGGAGGAACAGCGGAGGUAGGGGUGCCGGGGAUCCCUGGUGGGCUGCAACAGUACCGAGCCUCAAUCAAACCCCUGAUGGUCCAUGGGGAAAGCAUUCAAAACCAUAGCAACUCUCUUCGCAGACAGAAGAACAGGAAGUAUGGAGACAAUCAGAUUCAUCUACUCGGAUACAAAAGUCCUCCGCCCUCCCCUCACAACAAAGGGAAUGAAGUCAGGAUGUUCAAUGGACAGGUGAUUGGAGGUGCAAGCCAAGUGUCUCCACAGAGUAUGUCACCUAUUCAUCGCUCCCUAGAACGCAACAGUAGUGGGCUCACAGUGGAUGUAAUAAACAGAAGAGGCUCAUCAUCCUCUACCUCAUCAGUAUUUCUUGACAAUCCUCUGGGUCAACCUGAAACUCUUUUUCCAGCCCAUAUUACUGCUUGUAAUGUCCAAAGUGAGAGAAUGAGAGCCAUGGAGGAGCAGAUAGCCAGUCUAGCAGGACUUGUGCACCACGCUCUCUCCAUGAAGUCAGAUGUUCUAGGACAAAAGGACAUUAUCAGUCAGAGUCCUGAAGACAAACUCCUCAGCAAUCGACUUGAGGCAUUAUCUGACUCAAAGACCCCUGCUGCUCUGACUGAAAGCUUCAGCCCCACUCCUCUCGCCCUUGGGGUCGCCCCCUUUGAUGGUGGACUGCGACACAACUUGAUGUCUGUGAAGAGAAAUAUUUGUGAGCUCCGGCUAAAACUCAGCCAACUCAAGUGUUUACAGCUAUCCAACAUGGAGAGUGUGAGUUCAAUGCUGCGUAUGGCAGGUCCGGAGCUGGUGAUGUUGAUGUGUGAGAAGCUGGCCCAAUUUGGGGAUGAAGCAUACAGACAGAGAGCUGAGAUGGCUGAGGACAGGAUCCGCUACCUCACCUCUGAGGAGAAAAUCCUCACACAGCUUAGUGAACUGGAAGACUUUGUGGAGUGUUUGGAAAACUCCUCUUCUGUCCAUAGCCAGCCAUCCUUCACGCUCAGAGAUGUGGAGGAGGGAGCAGUCAGCCUGCGAAGGCUUGGAGAGGCUCUGGCUGUCCUCAAAGGAGAAUUCCCAGUGCUGCAGGCAAAAAUGCGUUCAGUGCUGAGGCUGGAAGUGGAGGCAGUGCGCUUCCUGAAAGAAGAACCUCAAAUGAUGGACUCCAUGUUGAAAAGGGUCAAAGUGCUGACUGAAUCUUUUAGCUCUCUCCGCAGACUUGUGUCCGAUUUAGCACCCUCAGCAAGAUCCGUUCAAGUGGAGUCUCUGAAAGUACACAACCAGGAAACAGCAACGACUAAGAGCACACGCAGUUCACCCAAACCACAACCUCAGCACUCAGUCAAAGCCCCCCCACCCAGGAGUCAGGUUGAGGCUAGUUCAGGAGCCUCAGCCUCCCCCAGUAGAAUGAAGAGCACAGUCACCUCCAAUCAACACAACAGCUCUCCUACGACAACUAGUCAUGGACUAGACUUGAUCAGUGUAGUCAAGAAUACACACAGACCAACUCCAGAGGGCAGUGUGUGUGUAGAUAUCAGGAGCGUAAACCAGUCCAGUACCAGCCAAGACCCCCAGCAGGAGAGUAAUGAUCCCAGUCACAGCCAGUCAGUCCACCUUCAGGAGACACCAAACACUGAUCCAAAAUCUGUAGUGGAUGUGCUAGAGUACACUGCCUCAGGAACGAAGUCUCCCUCUGCAUCAACGUCACAGCAGAACACUCCUGUGGAGUUGAUUCAUGGAGCAGAUAUUUCUGAAACCCAGAAAGACACAACUUUAAAGCAAAGUGUGGAUGUGGACUCCAGGGAGAGAAGAAGUUCAAACACAGACGUUGCUGAUCCACCUCCAGCUGUUUGUCCACCAGCAGAGAGCAGCAGGCGGCCACAGGCGGAGAAACCCCGCCGCUCCAUCGACAAGAGGCAGGCCAGCAAGUUCCCUCCUCCCCCACAGAGUGUCUCUUCUUUGUUUAGAUCAGGAGAACCAAUCAUCAUCACUUCCAGAGAGACUGAUGGGAUUCAGGUUUCUAAAGAAAUAUCAAAUAUAAUUCAUCUGCCAAGUGGAAAUGGAAAGACACCUCCACCCAUUACCAAAAUGUGUCCCUCUGACAUGGCAAAAUGUGGACAGAGGUUCACUCUUCAGUUUGAACAUCCAAACGUCUCUUCUUUUAAAGCCCAGAUUCCAGGUGUGGUGACAGCGCUUCACAGGGAUAAGAUGACAUCAAGUUUAGCCAAGAUGGAGGUUCAGCAAGUGCCUUCCUUAAACUGCACCUCGGUGGCGAAGGUGUGGACAGGGGAGAGGGAGCUGCUUACACUUCCAGCCAAACAGACAGAAGAUAUUCUUGUUAUGAACGUGCCUGAUCAGUGUGAGGACGAAGCAGUUGGACAUAUACUCUCCUCAGCAGUGGCUGAAAAUCUUGUAAUUCCUCUAAAAGAGCAAAAUCUUAAACAGACAAAUGCAUUUAUCAAGAAACCUCUUGAUGAGAAGGCGAAUGGAAUGUUGGUUUCUUGUUUACAAAAUGAAAAUGUUCAUGAGGAGCGCUGGAUCCAGCUGUCGCCAAGGUUAGGGCCAAAGCAGCUCUGGAGUUCUGCUCACGAACAUGAAACUUCUCCUUCAGUCCCAAAACCUUUCUCCCUUUUGCCUGAUGUCACCUAUGGGGCAAGCAGCACGCAGCAGGAACAAGAUGCAGCUUUGCAAGGAUCCAGGGAUCAACCAGCAUGGAGAGAAGGAGGAAGCCUGAUCUUCACAGCUACAGAUGACAGAGCAGCUCCUCUUUCUCCACAGACUCCUGAAUGUAUUCAUAAAACCCCCCAUACACACAUUAGUUCACAGUUUGGUAAGGAGGAUCCAGGUAAUAUGAUGGAUUUUGAAGGCUCUUACUGUGGUUUUCAAGAUAAUGAUGAAUCUCAUGAAGACUCUGUGAUAGUUUUCAUGGAGGACCCUGAGCCCUUUUAUGUUCCUCUGUCUACCAUCUUUGAGUGUGAGGAAGAGGAUGAGGAGUUUCUGUCUCCCAACAGGACUCUGGAGGAAGAACCAGAUGUGAAAUUAAAAUCUCACACUGGACCUGAUUCUGACAUCUUAGGAGAUAUGAAGACUUCUCCUCCAUCUGCAUCAUUUUGUGACUCUGUUUCUAAAAUCCAAGGCCAGGAUCAGACAAAUAAGAACAUGAAAACGUGCUCCAAAAAAAAAAUUAGUAUAAAGUUCCCCAAAAACAAACUGGCCGCCCUCAGCCAGGUAAUCCGAACAGGAACAAACAAAAAAGGGAAAAAGGUUUCUAAAAUAGUUGCACGUGACAAAGAGCAGAAAGCAGGAAACAGACCAGUCACAGAAAGCAAACAGACCAAUGAGGUGAGUCAACAAUUCCUCCCAGACAAUUCCUCUGACAGAGACAUCACUGCAGGUACAAGCCUCUCAAAGUCAUACCCUCGGGUGGAGGAGCUCUGCAAGAACACCUUAGAAUCAAUGAACAGUUUGGAGGAGUCCAUCAAGCAACUGGAACUCAGUGUGGAAAGCAUAAAUCCCUCAUCUGAUGGAGCUCAACUUAAAGGAAGAGUGAAAGAAAACAACGGCAGAUCUCCCUCCAAAACAGCAGCCAGUCAAACCGUGAAGAGUAAGAGAGUCAGACCACAGCCUCUGCUCAGCUCAACCAGCCAACAGAGCUCUAAUACAUCUGCUGAGCAGCCCCACAACAAGCUACAGCACGCCACCUGUGGGUCACCUGAGGGAAGGGCAGAAGUGCUGCAACAGUCCAGCAAAAGCAGCAACAUGCUGUCUCAUCCUCAUGCUAACACUAGAAGAGGCCUCUAAGCAGCAAGAGCUAUCACUGCCAUCUCUACAUCUACUACUGUAUUCUACUCAUCAGCUCCUCCCUCCCCACCCGCCUUCUUCUUCUCCACCACAUGAUGAGGAUGUUGUUAAUGGACUCCUGAACUGACAGACACAUCUGAAAGUGGGAGUACAGUUCAACCAUCUGGACUCCAAGAAUAAAACAAGACAAUCAAUGAUCCCACCAUAUUCCUACAGCAAUAUUGUGUGUGUGUGUGUGUGUGUGUGUGUGUGUGUGUGUGUGUGUGUGUGUGUGUGUGUGUGUGUGUGUGUGUGUGUGUCUGUGCGUGACUGGGCUGCACCUCACCACUUCAAGUCAAAAAUAUGUAUGCACGUAUCUCUUAAAAAUAAAUGUUAAUAUUCGCAUCCUGUCUUACCUGUGUAAGCUAUAUUUAUUAUCAAAUUUAUUUUAGCAAAGUAAUUAAAGACGGUUGUAAGAUAGUAUUUAUUAAUAGAUACUGUUGAUUAUGUAAAAUUGAAUAAUUUGCAGGUCAUAUGUGAAAAAAAACAAUCAUUGUAGAGUUCUUGCUUACAUAAUUUUCUGUCUCUUGAGGUUUCGAACAGUUUGAAGUUUUAGCUGUUUGGCUCAGUAGAAAGUGACUUAGAGGCUCCAUGUGCAGACAGACGGCUGAAAUGUUGAGGACAGAUGAGAUGAACAGAUCAUGCAGCUGCAGCAGAGAGACUGCUGGAUGUCUUUGACAGAAAUAUUGAUCUAGUAAGUCUUCAGUCAUGGAGGAUGGUGAUGCUGUGGGGCAGGAAGCAUCUCCUGUUGUGGUCAGUAUUACAGUGGCUGUGAAGAAGCUUCUGACUGAAGAUGCUGUUGGAUACUUAGAGCUGUGUAUAAUGUUUUCAUUUGAUGAAGAAUCCUUUGCAUCAUCAUCAUCAUCAUGAUCAUGAUGUCAAGUCCAAA